UUCAAUUAGGCCCAAUAAAGUACGUUUAGAGCUAGGAUCAUCUUCUCCGGCAGUAUCGCCGGGAAAAGAAAUGUUGGCGAUAACGAGAGUGAUAAGCCGACGACUUCACAGCACAAGCGAUGUUACUCUCUCUCCAAAACUCUCAGGAUUCUCUAUUGUAUCUCCCAAACACGUUGAGGUAGAGUAUGCAGAUGGAACCAAGUUCAAGUUUUCAUCAGAGUUUUUGAGGAUUCAUAGUCCAGCUGCUGAUGGGAAAGUCAGAUCUAUCGGUGGUGAAAAGGUGAUAUCUGGAAGGCGGUAUGUAGGAAUCAUGUCUGCAGAACCGGUUGGAAACUACGGGGUAAGGUUAGUGUUUGAUGACUUGCAUAGAACAGGGAUAUAUCCAUGGGAUUAUUUCCACGAGCUUGGGAGCAACAAGUUUGGUCUUAUGAGAAGCUACAUCAAGACUCUUCAAAAGCAUAAUCUCAGCCGUGAACCUGCUCCUUCAAGAAAGAGAUGAUUCUGGUCAUCAAAAGUGUUUUGAUAGAUCCUUGUUGAGCAGAAACAGAGAAUGAGAUAUGCUUAUGCUGACUCUCCAAAAGCAUAAUCUCAGCCGUGAACCUCCUCCUUCAGCUGGUUGUAUUGUGAAUAUUACAAAGUUGAUUAUCUUUUCUUUAAGUUUUCCUUUUGACAGAAUGCUAUAUUUGGCUUUGAUGAUAUAGAUUUUGAUUGUUCAGCCUUUAACUGUCUUUUCCAUCAUCUGUCACCA